UCGGUGUGUGUCGGCUUGUUAGCAUGACCGCUAGAGUAGCUAGUGGGCUGGAGGUCCGUGCCAGUUUGUGCCUCUGUUCACACUUCGUUUUUUAAACCAGUUUUAGCUCGCAUGGUGCUUCAUUCUAGGCUGUCGCUUGUUAUCCAUAUAACUGCCAUACGAUGGCGGCCCCGAAAAGCACACCGAAGGAUGCCCAAGUCAUGAGUGCAAUACUGAAGGACAUGGGGAUAUUGGAUUAUGAACCGAGAGUCAUAAACCAGAUGCUGGAAUUCACUUACCGUUAUGUUACGAAUAUCCUCGAGGACGCCAGAUUGUUUUCGAACCAUGCGAAGAAGAGAGCUGUUGACGUCGAUGACGUGCGUUUGGCUAUUCAGAUGCAAGCAGAAAAAACGUUCACAUCGCCGCCACCGAGAGACCUAUUGAUGGAAAUCGCGCGUCAGAAGAACAGCACGCCGUUACCACUUAUAAAAGCGAAUGCUGGACCCCGUCUUCCGCCGGAUAGGUACAGCCUAACUGCUUGCAACUAUCGAUUGAAGUCUGCGAAAAAGCCAAGAAUCCAGGUUGGUCUUCCACCACAGCUAGGGCUAACUAUGCAAGCAAACAGCGCAGCAGGUUUAUCAAAAGUCACACCUGCAUUGAGCCUUAACAGCAAGACAGGUGCUACACUUGCUGUCGUCAGCAAGUCAGCAGCUGCACCAACAGUGACAAUUGUGUCUCGUCCUGCCACAACCAACAAAACGCAUCCGACUCCCAUCAUCAAACUCUCUCAACGCCCACCCCUCAAUGUGAGUACAGCGGUGUCAUCAGCAGCACCCACACCAAUUGUGCAAGUGACAGCCGCACCACAGCCUGCACCGCCGGCUCCCACCACAGCUGCAGCAGUGCCUGCAACUGAAGCUGUCGCCAGUGCACCAGUCAUCACCACAGCUACCACAGAACCUGCAACUCAGCCAUCGGUGCCGCUGCCUAUCAUCAACAUUAAGAGUGAAACACCCUCUGAAAUCAAUGACAAAAAGCGGAAGCGUGAAGAGGACGAUGACUAUGAUGCUAUUGAAUGAAUAAAUGGUGGACAUUUGUUCA